AUGCCACCAGAAGAAAUUUCAACAGAUUCUGCUACACCACUUAUAAAUCUUAGUUCAAGUAAUGUAGACGUAGAAAAUGAAAUUAUAGAUGGCUCUUCAGAUCACGAUGUUUAUAAUUUUAUAGAGAAUGGUGAUAAACUGAUUGAAGCUGAAAUAGAUACUGGCGAUGUACAAAGUGGAUUUUCAUGGUCAAAGUUAUGGAAAUAUACUGAGGCUGAUUUACAAACAGGUGCUGUUGCAGGUUAUUCCUUGCUCUGGCUUCUAUUGUAUGCACAUUUAGCCGGUCUAUUAAUACAGUGUUUAUCAGCUAGAGUUGGUGUGGUGACGGGAAAGCAUUUAGCUCAAUUAAUAAGACAAUAUUAUUCACGUCCUGUAUCAAUAUUACUUUGGGUAAUAACUGAGAUAGCUAUUGUCGGUUCUGACAUACAAGAGAUAGUUGGUACUGCAAUAGCAUUAAAAAUUAUUUUCGGAUUGCCUUUAUGGAUUGGUACAAUGUUGACCGCCAUGGACACUUUCACCUUCAUGUUAUUACAAAAUUAUGGUGUUAGGAAGUUGGAAGCUUUCUUCAUGCUCUUAAUUGGCUUGAUGGCUGUUUGUUUUUGGAUAGAAAUGUUUCAGACCGAUCCCGAUGUUGGCGGAAUAAUAACUGGGAUGUUGUUACCCUCUGUUCCUUCCAAUGCUGUUAUACAAGCUGUCGCCAUGAUUGGUGCUGUGAUGACACGUAAAACAGAUCAAAAUUCAAAAGCAAAACUUAAAGAAGCAAAUUUUUAUUUUGGAAUAGAAAGCACAAUUGCUUUGUUAUGUUCAUAUUUGAUAAACAUGGCUAUAGUUGUUGUUUUCGCUAGAGUUUUCUAUCCACCAAGUAGUGACUCACCACAUCUGCCAGGUUUAUAUGAUGCUGCUGAUGUUUUGACUAAAACUUUAGGCAAAGGCGCAAGAUAUCUUUGGGCAUUGGGUUUAUUGGCUGCUGGUCAAAGUUCCACAAUGACUGGUACUUUGGCUGGUCAAUACGUGAUGGAAGGAUUUUUUGGGAAACUUUUUAUUAAAAAUUCUUGGAAUCGUGUUGCCAUAACUCGUGGAAUCGCUUUGAUACCUUCAAUGAUGGUUGCUAUUUUUGCUGUUGAACAUUUUGAUACAAUGGGUGAAUUGUUAAAUGUACUUCAAAGUUUAUGCUUGCCAACUGCACUGAUACCAAUUCUAAAAAUCUCAAGUUCUGCAAAUAUAAUGAGCAAAAAAGAAUUACCCAAUUUGUAUGUUGGAUUUGUUCUUGGUAUUAUUUAUUUUGCUUUUGUGGUGUAUCUUACUUUAUUGCCAUUAAAUGAAAAUAAUACUGAACCUAAAGAUAUUAUUAAUAUUGAGAAUUUGGAAAGUUAUAAAGUCCGAUAUAAACGCUUAUCAAGUUUAUCAUUACCAAUGACCAAGACCUCACCUCGUCGAAUACCACCUAGACGAGAAGAUUCCUCUAGAGAAGCUGCUUUCACUUUUCUUUCAAAUAUUAGCCUCGGAUCUGAGUCUUCCUAUCCACCAAAUAAUAAUAACUUGCGUAUUGAUACCAAAAAAGCGAAUAUCCCUUUUGAAAAAGUUUCUAAUAAUAAUGCAACAACAGGAAUUUAUGUUACUUCCCAAACUAGAGAAUCACCCAAUAAAAAAAUAUUUAAUAACAAUAAAACUUCCCCCAUAAACUUAAAGGAUGGUUAUGAUGAUAAUUUAAACUCUUCUAGCAACAAAGGUCGUGUAAGAAGUGGCAGUCUUCAUGAAGAAGCAGCCGUCAACUUCUUGACGAACAUUAUUAAUCUUGAUCCUAAUAAGAAACCAUCCAAGGUUGCAGUUCAUCAUCAUUCUUCAAGAGGAGGUUUAACUAGUCCGACAACAAUCAAGCAAUCAGUUUCAGGAUUCGGGGUUAGUGAUGAUAACUCAUUUGAUGAAGUUGAUGUGGAUGGUGCUGAGGACCAACAAAGAAAUUUGAAUCUUAUGAUAGAAGGUUCAUUGUCUCCAACAACAUCAUCUGCUUACGUUAAAAGAAGACGCAGAAGAAGUUCAGCAUCCACAUUAAAGUCUGACACAAGUUCUUCUUCUUCGACUUCUAACACAUCACCUAACUCUCCAAAUCAUCCAAUAACUCGUAGCAAAUCGGAACAACGUCGCCUAAAGAAGCAUCAUAAUCAAGCGGAUAGGAAUAAAAAUAACAACAAUAGCAGUAGUAAUGACAGUUCUGCUGGUGAUCAAAAUGUUGAUGAUCGUAAACAACAAAAUGGUGUUGGUUUGUUCUUAGGUUCUUCAGCACCACUUGGAAUUUUUUCAAUGUUGGGAUAUUCAGACAAGAAAUCUAAACAUCAGAAAAAUCAUAAGGGAAACUUUUAUAGAAAACCAUCAUCAAAUUUGGAAAAUAUAAAAAGUAGAAAGGCGGAAUCAUUUGCACACCUUUUAAAUACAAGUAAAGCAUUAAGUUCAAAACAGGUCACUAGUAAUUACGACCCAAAUCUGUUAGACAAUCCAGAAUUGAAAACAGAAAGACAACUUUUUUCAAAUGAAUUUCAAGAAGCCAAAUCAAAUAAGAAUCGUUCAAUGUUAAGUUUAUCAGGGCUUAUGGGAACAUUUAUUAAUCAUAAUACUCGUCCUUCUGAUUUGAAACGGGAAACAAAUGCAAUAUUUCGUCAAUUACAUCCUGAAAUUGAUCCAUCUUUAACCCUAAGUCAAAUUCGAAAAAUCAAGGCCAAAUUAUUUGCUACAGCUACUUGUGAGGGUUUAGAUUUGGAACUUUCUACUGUUGCAAAAUCCUAUGCAUAUUUUGAAAAACUUGUUUUAAAGAAUGUGGUAAAGAAGAACAAUCGAAAAUUGAUUGGAGCAAUCUGUUUAUUAUUAGCCAGUAAAGUGAAUGAACCAAUGGGAAUGUCAUAUUCACCAUUAUUGGAGUCUUUACAUAAACGUUUGGAGGUGACAACAAAAGAAAUUAUAGAACAAGAAUUCUCAGUUUUUUCAUCUUUGGAGUUUGAACUUUAUCUUCACAGUCAAGAAUAUAUGCCACAUCUUGAAAAACUUUUUGAUAUUUUGAGUAAGUGA